AUGAAAUUCAAACAGUUGAACAAGUGAAUUCUCCUGGGACACUUGGGCUGUAGAGAGACUUUUUUUUUAACGUUCAUAAUGGCUUUUCGUUUGAUCAUAGUGCUGCUAAGUGUGUUGGCUGUGGUUCAAAGUGAAGAACAGAUCUAUCGUAUGUGUGUUCCCCAAGAAUACUAUGAGGACUGUUUGAAUUUGCUAAAGGAUCCUUCGGAGGCUGGCAUACGCAUGGAGUGUGUGGCUGGACGAGAUCGUAUUGCCUGCCUGGACAUGAUACAUGAGGGCAAGGCUGAUGUCUUGGCCUCCGAGCCCGAGGAUAUGUAUGUGGCCUAUCAUACCAAAAAUGAUGAUUACAAGGUGAUAUCGGAAAUACGUUCCCAGGCAGAUAAGGAGGCUCCCUUCCGUUAUGAGGGCAUAAUUUUGGUCAAGAAAAACUCCAACAUCCAUAGCCUUAAUGAGCUGCGUGGUGCCAAAUCUUGUCACACCGGUUUUGGUCGUAAUGUGGGCUAUAAAAUUCCCAUUACCAAAUUGAAAAAUGUGGAAAUUUUAAAAGUUUCCCAGGAUCCUGAUCUAACAGCCACAGAACGUGAAUUGAAAUCAUUGUCGGAAUUUUUCUCACAAUCCUGUUUGGUGGGCACUUAUUCACCUUAUCCAGAAACUGAUCAUCAUUUGAAGAAAAAAUAUUCCAAUUUGUGUGCCUUGUGCGAAAAACCCGAGCAAUGUGAUUAUCCUGAUAAAUUUUCUGGCUAUGAUGGUGCCAUUCGUUGUUUGGACAAGGGCAAAGGUGAUGUGGCCUUUACCAAGGUGCAAUUUAUCAAGAGAUAUUUCGGUUUAGUUCCCGGCCUUAAGGCUGAAGGUGAUCCCUCGGACUUUGAAUACCUAUGUGAAGAUGGCAGUAGACGUCCCAUUACAGGUCCUGCUUGUUCUUGGGCCCAACGUCCCUGGAGUGGCUACAUUUCCAACACCGAAUCCGUAAAGGGUGAAGAGAAAUUACACAAUUUGCAAAAUCGUUUGGAAAAAUUCUUUGAAAAUGGUCUACAUGCUGAAAACAAGGAGGCUGCCAUUCAUUUGCUGAUACGAGGUGAUGCUGCCUAUUUUAAGAAACCCGAGGCAGUAGGACCUCAGGCGUAUUUGGAAAAGGCUGGCUACAAGGAUGUCAUUGAGCGAGAUGGUUCAGCUAUCAGGAAAAUGAGAAUGUGUGUCCAAACUGAUAUUGAAUUGCAAAAAUGUAAUGGGAUGAGACGGGCUGCCUAUUCUCGUGACAUUCGUCCUGAAAUGGAAUGUGUGCAGCAGAAAGAGUGCAUUCAAGCGGUACAGGAGAAUAAAGCCGAUAUGACAGCGGUUAAAGCUAAACAAUAUAAGCUGGCCCGUAAUAAUAAACUACAGCCUGUGGUCUAUGAGAAAUUCGGCGAAAAUGAUGUCUUUGUGGCUGUAGUGGAUCCAGCUUUGAGUCAAGAAAAACUCAAAAAUACCCCCAUCUUCUUUGACGCUCUCAACCCCAGAGCCCGUACAGCUGUUGACUAUUUGAAUAUAUUGCGGGGCAUUCGCACUUGCCAGCUAGCCUCCUCUGCUGAAAAGGACAUUAUGAUUGUCAAUGCCAAGGAUUUGGAACAAUUCAAAAAUUACCAAUUACUUUGCUCGAAUUUAGAAAAGAAACCUGUCAGCGAAUGGCAGACUUGCAACUUGGAGGCUGAUCUUCCUCUAGCGGUUUUCAUACGCGAUUCCAUGACUCAUGUUGAGCAAGAGACUUUGAAGCAUUUGCUCAUAUCCCUAUCGGAGGAAUUUGGUAAAAAUGGCGAUUAUUCGGAUGUUUUCAAGCUAUUUGGUGCCUAUACACCCAACGAUAAGAAUGUCUUGUUUGACGAUGAUGCUGUUGGAUUUGUUACCGAGUUGAAAAACGAAAAGGCACAAGAGGAACUUUAUCAGAGUCUUGAAUGUGAUGUUGCUUAAGCAGUUAUUCUAAGAAUUUCACAAGUUUAUUGAAACUUUAAUAAAGGAAAUCUCUAGUAUUAUAUUUUUCGUUAGAAA